AUGUUGCUUUGUGCUGCUGUGUGGGUUGACGACCACAUCAGCGAGACUUUGGAAGGCUGUGACUUGUUGCAAGGAGGUGUCUACUUUGUGGGGCUAAUUGUGAUCGCGGUUUUACUGGACGCCAGGGAGUGUCCUCGCUCUCCGCCUAGGCUGUUUCUCCGAGACAACUUGUACUACGAAGGAUCACGGCUGCUAUGCACCCUGCUCUGCGUUCUGUUCACUGUGAAAGCGGUAUAUUUGAUCGGCAUGGGCACUGGCUCGCGCUACUACUUAUUCACGCGCCAGGGCAAGGGUUUGUCAUCUUAUCACCAACGUAUUCGCUCGUCACAAUCGGUAUCCGCUACUUUAACUGGCGGUAGCUGCUGUACGAGAAACCAGCGUGAUAAGCUCUCGGCGCCCAAUUAUGCUUACGCGCCUAUUCGUGGUAUUACACCACGUCAACCCUGCCAGGAAGAUGUUAUUCCAAUGCUUACGGGGUAUCCAUAUCAGGCACACAAAUGA